UUAUCAAUGUCCAUACCUCUUAUUAACCUCAAACAAUAUACGUUGGUCAAAGUCACAAGCCUACCAACAAGACUUCCAUCUGGACUAUAUCAAUUCAUAGUCCCUACACAUGAAUAUAUUGCAAUCGACGAUUUUCACGAAACCUAUAUUUCUCUAACUGAUAAAGAAUUAGAUAAUUGUCACGACCUUCGAUCUCAAUCUAAUGAAUCCGACAUAGUAUGCAUACAAAAUUCCCCUACGUUCCAAAUUACACCCACCCGGGACGACUGCGGAAUCACGCUUUUAACUGCAUUUAAUGACACAAAUCACUGUGACACAAGAGUGACCGAUAUAAAAUCUGAACUCUGGAUACGAUUAAGACAACGUAACACAUGGAUUGGAGUGUUCCCCACUCCACAGACUAUUUACGUGAAAUGUCAAAAUGUACCGGCAAGGGAACAUAUGGUACAGGACGUCGGACUAAUUUCAAUCGGGCAGGAUUGCCAAUUGAAAACUAAUCAAAUUUUACUUUCAGCACAAAGCAGUUAUUUUAGUGAAAUUUACGGCCACAUUAAACCCAGAGUAAAUAUCACAUGGUUUUAUCCAGAAAUUAUAGAACAAAAACAUUUGACGUUGCCAUUAAUACAACAAAUAGAUGCGCCUAACGUAGUUUCUUUUGGAGAAUCUGAAAAACUUAGAAAACUCAGUACAAGUAUCACACAAUUACGGACUCGACUACGACAGCUUUCUAAUCAAGAACAGUACCAAUUAACGACAAGACAGGACGAACAUUCGUUUAUAGACAACAUUUUAGUUUCGAUCAUUACUGUCUUAUCUCUAAUGGCUAUGGCAGUUCUUAUAUUAAUAAUAUGGGAACGUUUUUCACCAACCUCUUAUAAUGUUACGGAAAGGGAAGGCAACAACACAUAUGGUCUAAACCAUCCAGUAAAUGCAUGCUUGAACGCAACAGAAACUAAUGCAUAGAAAUUUUAUCUUAUUAUAUAAUAGCAUAUUUCAUACAACAAAAUCUUACCCCAAUAUUUAGAAAUAAUAACGAAAAUGGUCAGAACACGUCGUCAUACACCAAAAACUAACGUAACAACACACCUUCUCUACCAAUACUAUGGGCAAUACGACAACCGUCUACGAUCUUAUGAUAUGGGACCCCAGAAAUUACGACCGUUAGCUUACAAAUUGGCAAUUGCGGGACUUUAUUACACCGGCAGAACUGAUAUCGUACAAUGUUUUGAGUGCCAUAUACGUCACAUGGAUUGGAAUAGUAAUGACGACCCCAUCCAGACACACAAACAAGCCAAUCCAACAUGCCAAUACAUACUUCAAUGGCAACAAACACAAGUGCGACUUCAUCACUUCGCAUUGAACGACGAAGCGACUUCCAUGAUGACAUUGGGCCAAAAACUAUUCUUAACCACGGCAAGAUUUACACACUAUAAACAUCUACCGCUAUCAGGGCAACGCGAUAAUUUAAUCGACCAGGGCCACAACAUAAUUUGGAUGAACUGUUUACAUGAGGAAAUUAAACAAUCUUACGUAACUGUCUACAAACGUUCACUACAAGUUCACAAGGGACAACUCAAAUUACAUUGGUUCAAAGUGGCACCAUUCGAUUCAGCGUUUCAAUGGUACCGACGGUGCACAACUAUGAAAUUAUGGCACGACAACAAAGGGAAACCAAUUCUAGAAAACAUUGAGGAAACCCAACAGCAGUGGUUACAAUUAUCCAACAAACAAAGAAGAACAUACUUCCGUUUACAAAGACUCGACAGGAAGCGGUAUCGUAUACGGACAAUCGAAACACAUUUAAACAAACAUGCCAUUAAUAUCGGACUUUUGGGAGGCAUCAACGGCAAUAUCAUAGUAUCUCCAAUGAACGAGAAUCUCAAACUAACACCGGUCUCGGAAUUUUUUACAACUCUAAUAUCUACAAUGUCCAUGAAAAUACUUCACGCUUCUUAAGACGCUCACACCAUGUAUUUUCACGAUUGCAGACAUAAUGGCACCACACAACAACAACCACAUAGUUAAGACAUCAGUCAAACGCAAUUGGUGGCAAACACUAGCGACUACCAAUCAACGACUAGUAUACUUCUACAAUCAUACGAUAGCAAUAACCAGACGUUUACCGCAGAUCGACACUCUCACCAGAGCAACAUUGAGACACCUGUUCCUCCAAACAAUACACCUCGAGUUCUUCAACAUCGAAAAUCACUUUCUAACGACGCAACGAACGCUUAUACUCACACCAGACAAAAAACACUUCAUGAUCUGCAAACGAUGCCAACCGCAAUACACUCUACGAAGUUCACUACUCAAAAUAAUCCCAUACGACGGCGAAGACCACCUUACAUUACCCGAAACACUAAUCUUUUCACUACUGGAGAUUACAGCAUUAUGGUGCCACAAUUGCGACGUACAAUUAUUCACAUGGUUCGACAAGAAUGAAUGCCCACAUCAUCAUUGACGAAACUACACCAACAGGUUCUGACCAUAUUAUUAACCUAGCGAAAUUAUAUUUUUUAUAUACUCUUUACAAAAUAAGUUGAAACGUUUUUUUUUUUUUUAACUUUGGUUAUUUUUCUUUUUCUUAAUAUAAACAUAAUAUGGUGAGCUAUAUUUCGCUCAACAAUCAAUUCCAUUCUCCGAACCUCACAUUUCAAAUUACAACAAAAGAAAAACAACCAAAAGGUGUACGGGAGAUCGAUUUAGGAUAAUUAUAAUUACAAAAGGAUAAUUAAAAAAAAAAAAAAAAAAAAAAAAAAAAAAAAAAAAAAAAAAAA